AAGUCAUGACCACAGACGUCAGGGCUACAGGCCUGUAGUCAUUUAAUCCUACGAUGGUGACUAUAAAGGCCUCUGAGACAAAGGCACUUCAGGGAAGUGUUCACUUCAUUGAAGAUCGUCUCACACGGUGACCAAGCCCAAUUAUUAAAUAAGGAAAUCCUGGAAACGAGCACACAGAGAAGGUGAAGAUGACAUCCACAGCAGAUCGACUGGCCCAUCAACAACAGAAGGCAGAGGGCAUCGGUACCAACCAGAAGGCAGUGAAGUUUUGUGAUCAGGACUAUGACACCCUGCGGCAGAAGUGUCUGGACAGCGGACGCUUGUUCCAGGAUGACUUCUUCAAUGCUGAAAGCAAAUCACUAGGCUACAAUGAGCUGGGACCGUACUCGUCCAAGACAAGAGGCAUUGUUUGGAAGAGGCCCACGGAACUGUGUCCCAACCCAAUGUUUAUUGACAAUGGAGCCACGAGGACGGACAUUUGUCAAGGAGCUUUAGGAGAUUGCUGGCUUCUGGCUGCCAUUGCUUCCCUGACUCUUGACCAGCGGGUCCUAGAACGUGUGGUACCUCCUGGACAGAGUUUCACUGAAGAUUAUGCUGGAAUCUUUCACUUUCAGUUCUGGCAGUAUGGUGAGUGGGUGGAUGUCGUGAUAGAUGAUCGUUUACCCACCAGAGAUGGAAAGCUUCUGUUUGUUCACUCAGCAGAGGGAUCAGAGUUCUGGAGUGCUUUGCUGGAGAAAGCUUACGCAAAGGUGAACGGCUGCUAUGAGGCUCUUUCUGGAGGAAACACAAUCGAGGGCUUUGAAGAUUUCACAGGAGGAAUUGCUGAAAUCUACACCUUAAACGAGGCUCCACCGUCGCUCUUCCAAAUAAUCCGGAAAGCCCUGUGUCUGGGUUCACUGCUUGGCUGCUCUAUUGAUAUCACCAGUGCCUAUGAGACAGAGGCAGUAACAGCUCUGAAGCUUGUUAAAGGACAUGCAUACUCUGUUACUGGUGCGGAAGAGGUUAACUAUCGUGGCAGUGUUGUGCAACUGGUCCGCAUCAGAAACCCAUGGGGAGAGGUGGAAUGGACAGGUCCUUGGAGUGAUGGAUCCUCUGAGUGGAGGCAUGUCAGUGAGGUUGAUAAAUCAAAGUUGAACCAGGUGGCUGAAGAUGGAGAAUUCUGGAUGUCCUACUCAGACUUCAUCAAGAACUUCUCCAAGCUGGAGAUCUGCAACUUGACCCCAGACACACUCGAAAGCGAUGAAGUUGGCCACUGGAACUAUUACCAGUUUGAAGGGAUGUGGAGGGUGGGAUCCACUGCUGGCGGCUGCAGAAAUCAUGCAGCUACAUUCUCAUCCAACCCUCAGUUUGUUGUGCGUCUGGAGGAUGUGGAUGACGAUCCUCUGGAUGGGAAAGAUGGAUGCACAUUUUUGGUGGGGCUGAUGCAAAAGGAAGGACGGCAGAAGAGGAAGCUUAACCGCGACCUGGAGACCAUCGGCUUUGCCAUUUAUAAGAUCCCAGAUCAGUACAAAGGCCGAAGCAAUGUACGCCUCGGCCCAGAUGUGCUGUUGCGUCAAAACACCGUGGCAAUGAGCAACACCUUCAUCAACACCCGUGAAGUGUGCAGCCGCUUCAAACUCCCUCCUGGAGAAUAUGCCAUCAUUCCAUCGACCUUUCUACCUCACAAGAACGGCAGUUUUGUUCUCAGGGUCUUCUCAGAGAAAGAGGCCAAAACCAGACGACUGGAGGAGAAGAUUUAUGCGAAAAUAGAAGAGGAGAAAGUGUCUGAAAAGGACAUUGAUCCUCAUUUCAAGAACAUCUUCAAGCAAGUUGCUGGCAGUGACAUGGAGAUAUCCGCCUUUGAGCUGGUUGAAAUUUUGAACAACAUUGUCUCUCAACGCACUGACAUCAAGACUGAUGGAUUCAGCAUUGACACAGGACGCCUCAUAGUCAGUCUGCUGGAUAAAGAUGAAAAUGGCAAGUUGGGGAUAAAGGAAUUCCACGUUAUCUGGAACAAACUUCAGAAAUACCUGGAGAUCUUCAAGAGCCACGACACAGACAACUCGGGUACGAUGAGCUCCCUUGAAAUGAGAGCUGCUGCUAACAAAGCAGGAUUCCACGUCGACAGCGCUUUGCUGCAGGCCAUCGUCAAUCGCUAUGCAGAUGUCCAUUAUGCAGUAGACUUUGACAACUUUGUGGGCUGUCUCAUUAAGCUGGAAAUGAACUUUAAAAUGUUUAAGGCCCUGGAGAAAGAAGACUCGGGGAAGAUUGAGCUGAGUCUGAAACAGUGGAUGUGCCUGGCAAUCUAUUAGCUCUGAGGACAAACACAAGAAAAUAUUAACUAUAAGAAGGGGAAAAAAUAAAAUAAUUUUUUUUGGCUCUAUAGAUUCUGUGAAAUAAAAGAAAAUAAAGAAACUUGAAGA